AUGUGGUCCCAAGUAGUCGCAUUGACUCUUUUAGUUUUAGGCGCCAACAGCCAUUCUGUAGCUGUAUCGCAUCAGUCUCGCACCGACCACCAUGAUGGCCACCAUAUUGGCCACGUUAGCCACCAUGGCCAUGCUAUAAGCCAUGGACAUGUAAUACACCACGGACACGAACCCAGUCACGUACUGGUUGCUCCUGUAGUACACGGUGCUAUUGACGUUUCUGGACACCUUGGACAUGCUAGUCACCAUGGUCAUGAAGUGAGCCACUCACAAGUAAUCCACCACGGUCAUGGACAUGCUGCUCACCAAGGUCACGCAGUGAGCCACACACAAGUGACCCACCACGGUCAUGGACAUGCUGCUCACCAAGGUCACGCAGUGAGCCACACACAAGUGACUCACCACGGUCAUGGACCUGCCCACGGACAUGCAAUCGUAGACGCACACAGUCAUGAUCACGUUUCGGCCUCGUCUCACCCCAACUAUCAAUUUUCGUAUGGUGUGGCCGAUCCUCACACUGGCGACCACAAAUCGCAGUCAGAGCAACGCCACGGCGACGCUGUGAAGGGUCAUUAUUCCCUUGUGGAACCCGAUGGCAACGUACGAACCGUUCACUACACUGCUGAUGAUCACAACGGGUAA